AGGAUGCCCCGGCUCUCGUUCCCCUGGCGCUUCUGCCUGGGGAUGCUGGUCAUCCUGGGAGGGCUCUGGCUGCUCCUAGCCCACCAGUGGUCUCAUCGCCUCAACCCUGCGUACCGCUUCCUCUACAGGAAAAUGGAAAUAUACCAGCCCCCGGCCUGGAAGACGAUCCCACCUCCUCGGACACAGCUUCCCUCCCGGGAGACGAUUCCGCCUCCACGGACCCCGGCAGGUGGCAGAGCCCGGGAGUCCCAGAAGCCUCAGCGAUCCCAGCAGGCUGCCCUGUCCGGAGACGAAUAUUCCCAGGAAGACAGUGACUCGGGCUGCCCCCGACCCCAGUGGGCCCGGCUCAAUGGGACGGGCCUGGAGGGAUCCAUCCUGGGCUCUGUGCCCGUCCUACAGUGGAGCAGACACGCCAGCCCCGGGCAGUACGAGCGUUUGCGGCAUUACCACGGCAGCUACGGAUGGGGGGAGAUCGACCGUGACGUGGUCCUGGAGUCCCUGAGCCUCCUCAACUCGUCGGCCAACGGCUGCCUGCUGGACGAUCGCGCCGGGCGGCCCCGGGCCCGCUGCGCCGUCGUGGGCAACGGGGGCAUCCUGUGCGGGGCCCGGGUGGGCGCCCAGAUCGACGGGCACCACUACGUGUUCAGGACCAAUGGAGCCAUCACCAAGGGUUUUGAGCAGGACGUGGGCAACAGAACAUCUUUCUUCAUCUUCUCCACCAACACCCUGAUGAAUUCCCUCUACAGUUACCGCCGGCACAGCUUCCUGUCACCCCCGCAGUCUCCGGAGACCCGCUACGUCUUUCUCCCCGAACAUGACCGGGAUUACCUGCUGCUGCAGGCGGCCAUCAAGCGCCGCCCCGUCGACCGCGGCAAGGACCGCCUGGCCCGGCCGGAGAGGUUUUUCGGGCCCGACCUGAAGCCAGAGAAGUUUAAGAUGCUGCACCCGGAUUUCAUGCGGUACCUCAAGAACAGGCUCUUGCCGUCCAAACACGCGGGCUUGAGGAUCUACCGGCAGUCCACUGGGGCCACCAUGCUGCUGGCCGCGCUGCACACCUGCGACGAGGUGAGCGCCUAUGGCUUCAUCACCCCCAACUACGCCCGAUUCUCCGACCACUAUUUCGACGGGACGCCCCAGAGGGUGGUUUUCUACUCCAACCACGACCUCCGGCUGGAGAUGGAGCUGUGGCAGAGGCUGCACCAGGCCGGCCUCAUUCGCCUGCUCAUGAGGGAGCCCGAGAUCCUCCCGUCGGGCCCUGCGGCCGCGGGGUAGCCACCGGUAGCCACCGUCCGACGCCCCUUGGGCCGCCCCCCGCUCAGGGGAGGAGACGGGGGCCACGGCAGGACCGGUUCCCGACGUUCCCGAGGCCCAGUUGGGGCCUCCCGUCCGGCAGGGCCGGGCGACUCCGAACGAAGCAGCGGGGAGAGGCAGGGGAAU